AAUACAGUAGUAGUAUAGUAUACACAAACAUAUCAUUGCAUUUACACAUAAGACGUGUAGUAAUAAGCAACAGUUUUUUUUCAAACGUAAGCCAGCAUGACGUCCACAAAGAUAACAACUGCAAUAUUAUUGGCAAUAUGCUUGUUUUUGUGUCUGGCCACGACUUCUCUGGCCCGCUAUAUACCAUCACCCGAGUUACAGAAAGAAGACUCUCUCGCCGAAAUCCUGCCUAGCGUAGUUAAUGAACUCGCCAAAAAUCAGUUCAUGAAAGACGCCAACUCUAAAUUGAUGUUCUACGCUAAAGUAUGGGAAGACUAUUCCAGUAAUAUUAUGAGAAAAAAGCUCAACGAAUUUGAACGCGACAAGCAUUCAAAAACAAAAGCCCAAUUGCUAAAGGAAAUUAACGUAACCAAAGAAGACGCCGCCAAAAAACUGUUCGAGAUGAUCAGAAGAGAAGACGUCGAGCUAGGAAAAUUGUUAGAUGAGCUCUUAAUGAAAAUAGGAGAAAGGAAUAUAGUUUUCGAGGACAUUGCAACGUACUAUUUAAAAAACAGUAUCGACGAUGAAAAUAUGUAUUAUAUGUAAUAAUAGCGGCUAGUCGUUAACGCAUAAAAUUGUUAUAAUUGUUAUUUAUUUUUGUGUAACUAAAUUUGUUUAAUUUAUUAGCGCGUGAGAAUACACUAUAGAAACUGCACUUAGGUUAAUUUUAAUAUUCUUAUGGGCUUUUUUUCCACUUACGGUAUGUCACGUUUGGAGAAUAUGGUGGUGUGGAGGCAGUACUGUUAGAACAUUUGUAGAUGCUAGGAAAGCGAUAAAUACCGAGUUGUCACCAAACAGAAUUAUUUUUUAUUAAAAUAGAAUACACUUUAUAAACAACAAAAUAAAAAUACAAACUCGUUCUCUGUUUUUUUGCUUCAAUCUAACA